AUGGCGAACCAGCAGUGCUUAGAUGCAAAAUGCUUGGCCUCAGAAUACAUAAAGUCGUUCAGGCUGUUCUUUAGAAAGUGCGUGAGGCCCUCUGCAAAGGAAUUCAUCAUCUCUGCAAAAACUCAUGGAAUCGGCAUCGGACUUCUCGGCAUCCUUGGAUAUGGGAUAAAGCUCAUUCACAUCCCAAUCAAUAACAUUAUUGUGAGUAAGCCAAUCAAGGAGUAA